AUUGGCUGAGUCCGAGAGCUGACGCUCCGCCCACUUUCCCGGGUCCUUUGAUCACGCGCCUCCUGGCUCUUCCGGGGCCAGGGAGCCAACCGAGGGCGUUCCUGUCCGGGCUGCAGCGGCGGGAGGGAGCCCAGUGGAGGCACCCUCCCGAGGCACUACUGCCCAUGCUGACUACCCAGCUCUCCGGCUGCCGAUGUCAUGAGUAACACCACAGUGCCCAAUGCCCCCCAGGCCAACAGCGACUCCAUGGUGGGCUAUGUGUUGGGGCCUUUCUUCCUCAUCACCCUGGUCGGGGUGGUGGUGGCUGUGGUGAUGUAUGUCCAGAAGAAAAAGCGGGUGGACCGGCUUCGCCAUCACCUGCUCCCCAUGUACAGCUAUGACCCUGCCGAGGAGCUGCACGAGGCUGAGCAGGAGCUACUCUCUGACAUCGGAGACCCCAAGGUGGUACAUGGCUGGCAGAGUGGCUACCAGCACAAGCGGAUGCCCCUGCUGGAUGUCAAGACAUGACAAGACCCUCUUGCCCUGAUCUUCAGAACCAUGGGGUCCUGGGGUGUCCAGGGCCCUGCCAGCUGCUUUCCCCUCCAGUUGCUCCCCUGGCUGGGCACUGGGUCUCCAUUCCUCCUCCCACCCAUUCUGGCAGCACCCAUCUCCUAAGCCCCUGCAUAGCAGCCAGCCCCAUCACUCCCCUAAGGUCU